UUAAAUCUGUUGGAGCGUAAAGAACGAAAAAUAAUGUGGAGUAAACAGUUUGCGUGUGUUUUUAUAUUGGCUACCGUUUCAGUAUACGCUACAGGUUACUUUGAAAGCGACGUCAACACUACAUGGGGAAACGUUACGUGCAACUUGGCAGAACCGCGGCUUACAUAUAACAACGGAGUGUUCAUGGUAAACGAGACCUUGCCAAAUAUUAAUGACGUUUGGAUUGGAUAUAUUUAUGCCAAGGUUUCCUUUUUACUCCUUGGUUGUGCAACAGGACGAAAUCUAAAUGCACAUGCCGUUGCAACUAUCGGUGAUUGCUUUUCCAUAUGUGGGCCUGGAAACUUCGGAAUUCAACCAAAGAUUCAAGAGGAAAAUAAUAAUUUCAUUUCGUGUAUAUGUUACCCAGGUUCAGUGAACACGGUGGAGCGAAACUGCAUUACGAACGGUCAGGGUCAGAGUCUUUGCAGCAACGGUUGUUAUGAAAUAUACACUAAAAUGAAUGUAUAUGAAGCCACCGCCAGUAUUAAAGUCGUAGAGGGAGAUUGCUUGACGUAUUUCUACCCAAGCUUUGCUUGGUUACCGUGCAACAUAACACCUAUGUAUCCCAACAUAAUGUGCAGCAACGGCACAUAUACAGUGCUUUCUGCGAAGGCGAUCAUUAUAGAUCGUUUUGCCAGCACAUGGUGGGAAGCCAAUAGACAAUGUUUGACCAUGAAUGGCGACUUCACGCGAUUUUCUCUUGACAGUUAUGCGUAUGUAAACCGAAGUUCUAAUAAUCUUCGAUUCGCAAAGAAUGGUGAAAUCAAAAGAGCCUUGUGUCAAACAGUUAUCGCAAGUACGACCGAACCAUCGGAAGUGUCGGAACAUACAACAUAUUCUUUCCUGUCCACGGAAGUAAAUCCUAUAUCUACGCCAGAAAAUUCAGUCACUAGUGUGUCUGGAACAAACGUGUCUAUUCCCAACGUUUCAACGGCAGAUGGCCCAACAAAGGCACCAUCAAUAGGGGUAGGCACUGGCGUUUCCGUUGGUAUUAUGUUUCUUAUUAGUGGAGCGAUAGUCCUCAUUGUACUCAAAAGAAGAGGAAUGAUACCUUGCGGUGGAAAAACACAAGACAACAAACCUUCUGCAGACAAACCUGUAUUUGAAGAUAAUAAGACUUACGGAAAAUGCCUCGACGAAAAUAUGCCUAAUCAUAAUUAUUUUAUCCUAGAGAAAUGUGAGCAAUCUAUUAACGACCAUGUUGAGCAUUACAAUGAAACCAAUGAAGCAGACAUGGAGGACGAUUAUAAUACGAUACAGGAACCAUAUACAGACGUGAACGAGGAUAACCAUGAUUAUGACUAUACUGUCAAUGCUUUGAGAUCAAGGUCCGAUGCCAGAAAACUGGACAAUGUUUACAACAAACUUAAGGUAGCCCGACCAGGGGAUUCUGAUCAAGUAGGGAUACACGGACAUAAUGGGGCCCAGGUUUCAGUCAACGACUACGAUACAACUUCAGCAGUAGUAUUCCAUGGGAAGGAUGAUAUUAGUGAUUAUAAUCAUAUCUCCUACCUUGCUAGUAAUGGAUUAGCAAGGGAUACCGAUAUCAAAGUUGUUAACGGCGACGAGUACGAUGCUGCUUAUGGUAUGAAGUUCAAAGUCGGCCAAUCCGACGCGUCGGACUAUGCAUACGUUAACAAGGAUCGAAUGCAAUGAAAAUGUCACAGUCAACGUCAAUCGCAUGUAUCAAUAUAUUUCAUUGAUAUUAUAUACAUGUCAAAGGCUUGUUAUUAUUAAUGUUGCAAAUUAAGGAGAGCGAUAUAAUCCGAGGCCGAAUGCAUAGAUUGUCAUUUCUAUUCAUACUGUCAUUGGAACAAAUCAACAGCAUUAAUCGCAGAGAGUAUAUGAACAUUAUUCGUUUAUCAACAUCAGUUCGCUCUCAUUUUAAUUAGCAUAUUCUUACUAUUACCUGAUAUUCUUUUUUCUACAAAUCCUUGUUAUUGGUUAAAACCAAGGCACUAGGAACAUUUUUAAUUAAAGCAAUAUCGUGAUGUAUUAAGUUCAAACGUCACUGCAUGCAUAUGAAACGUAAGCCCGAAUGGGUAUUUGGGAUUUUACACUCGGAAACGGACGUGAUAUAUAAUAUGAUAAAACAUUUAGUAUAGUUAUACUUGAAUUUCUAAUUAUUAAGUACGUUGUCUAGUCUACAUUAUUAAAGUGUAUGCUCACCAGUGGAUGUGAUACGGUGACAAACGACUACUCAAAUAGUAAUUUAACAAACAUAUCUGAAAAGUCAUGUUUUUUUAUUUAAAUAAACUCCAUUGUUUGAUUGUAACUAUAAUAAGUCCUCAUACCUUGGAAUUAUUUUGUACAUUAUAUUCGUGUAACUAUCUAUAUUUGUAUUUAAUUUGCUGAAUUGCUCUCUCCAUAACAUGCAGAAUGUUAAGGAAACAAAUGAUGUAUACUGUUGACAAAGAUACCUGUUUUACUUAUAUACACACAUGUAUUUGGUAAUGCACAUGUUUCAUCAUAUAUGAGUUUACAUGGAUAGUCUUAAAUGUAUCUCAUACAACGUAUGGGUCUAAAUUAUAAUAAAAGCAUUAACUUAUUUA